GCGCUGCGGCAGGAGGGAAGAUGGCGGACGAGGAGAAGCUGCCGCCCGGCUGGGAGAAGCGCAUGAGCCGCAGCUCAGGCCGGGUGUACUACUUCAAUCACAUCACCAAUGCCAGCCAGUGGGAGCGGCCCAGUGGCAACAGCAGUGGUGGCAGCAAGAACGGGCAGGGGGAGCCCACCAGGGUCCGCUGCUCCCACCUGCUGGUCAAGCACAGCCAGUCUCGGCGGCCCUCGUCCUGGCGGCAGGAGAAGAUCACUCGCAGCAAGGAGGAGGCUCUGGAGCUGAUCAACGGCUACAUCCAGAAGAUCAAAUCCGGAGAGGAGGACUUUGAGUCUCUAGCCUCACAGUUCAGUGACUGCAGCUCAGCCAAGGCCCGGGGAGACCUGGGUGCCUUCAGCAGAGGCCAGAUGCAGAAGCCAUUCGAAGACGCCUCAUUUGCACUGCGGACGGGGGAGAUGAGCGGGCCGGUGUUCACGGAUUCCGGCAUCCACAUCAUCCUGCGCACCGAGUGAGCUGUGGGCCGCGAGGGCUGGCAGCCUGUCGGCUGGCGCUCCAGCCUGCGUAGGGCACUCAGUAUUUAUUCUUCCUACACUGGCUCAGAGGGCGCUCUUCAGGACCCGGGGCUCCAGGGCCCCUGCCCACCCCCUGUUGGGGUGAUCCCUGCUAGACCUCCCUCCCUCUGCAUCUUAAGGACUUGACUUCAGAAGGGCCAUGAAGGGGGGAGGGGGCUUCCAGAAGCACCGGAAGGCAAUGGCCUAUCUCACAGGAGGCCUGGUCCUUAGCUUCCCCCUCCCCCAGGCCCAGGAGGGGCAGGGAGGCCAGGACUGGUUAGCUCUAGUUCCUCUAUUCAGCUGCAAAAAGCAGAUGCUUGACUUGGGGGCUGAGGGGGCCUGGCUGCAGGGCCCUCUCUGAGGGGCAGGGCAGCACCCUCCCCCGCUCUACAUUAAACCUUGGAACCGGAA